UGGGCACCCAAGGAUGUUCAACCGCAUGGUAGGCGGGGAGGAUGCCUUAGCAGGUGAAUGGCCCUGGCAGGUUAGCAUCCAGCGCAACGGGACCCACUUCUGUGGGGGAAGUCUCAUCGCACCAACAUGGGUUCUUACUGCUGCACACUGCUUCUCCAACACUUCCAACAUAUCUAUAUACCAAGUCCUUCUGGGUGCACUGCAGCUGCAGCAGCCAGGACCACAUGCCUUAUAUGUCCCUGUGAAGCGGGUGGAAAGCAACCCCCAGUACCAAGGCAUGGCCUCCAGUGCCGACGUGGCUCUGGUCGAGCUACAGGUGCCUGUGACCUUCACCAACUACAUCCUUCCUGUGUGUCUGCCUGACCCCUCCAUCGUCUUUGAGUCGGGCAUGAACUGCUGGGUCACUGGCUGGGGCAGCCCCAGUGAACAAGACCGACUGCCCAACCCACGGAUCCUGCAGAAACUUGCUGUGCCCAUUAUUGACACACCCAGGUGCAACCUGCUGUAUAGCAGGGAUGCUGAUUCUGACUUCCAGCUCAAAACCAUCAAGGAUGACAUGCUCUGUGCAGGCUUUGCAGAGGGCAAGAAGGAUGCCUGUAAGGGUGACUCUGGAGGCCCCUUGGUGUGUCUUGUGGAUCAGUCAUGGGUGCAGGCUGGUGUGAUCAGCUGGGGAGAGGGCUGUGCCCGCAGGAACCGCCCUGGUGUCUACAUCCGUGUUGCUUCUCAUCAUAAAUGGAUCCAUCGAAUCAUUCCAGAACUGAAGUUUCAGGGCAAGGGCAGCAGCCAGCGGCAGCAAAGAGACCCUGGAGGCUGGCAGCACUUGGGAAACUCUGCCCCCUGCCUGGUGGCCCAUGCAGUCAUGCUGGUCCUGGUAUCACUGCUUACCAUCCUCUGAGCCUGCCCAGGCCAGGCAGAUAAAGCC